AUGAUCAAGUCCGAAAUAAAGAAGUCUGACACGUUUUUGUACUUCGCAUACGGCAGUAAUAUGCUAUCAUUUCGAAUCCACAUGCUCAACCCUUCAGCAGAAUUUGUGACUAUAGGAUGGGUCGAAAACUACCGCAUGGAUUUCAUAAGAUACUCGUCUUUUUGGGGCGGACCAACGGCAACACUGGUGCCCACGGCUAAUGCUCACACUUGGGGCGUAAUGUGGAGACUACACAAUGACGACAUGGCCCACCUCGAUCAUCAAGAAGGUGUCGAAGUGAAAAAAUACUACGUAAACAAUCUCCUAGUCCAUACAACUCACAUGGGAGAAUUUAAAUGUCGAUGUUACAUUCAAAGAAUAAAUCCACUGCCGCGAGCAGAUAACGAGGAGAUCCCAAUCGAGCGGUCGCCCUCUUGGGCUCUGAAGGAAAUCAUGAUAUACGGCGCCAAGGAACACGGGUUGCCUGACUACUACAUCAAGAAUUUGAAGCGUUUGAAACAUAACGGGGAAGAGGGCGCCAUCAGAACUUGGUGUCUGUUGGAGCGCUACGCUCGCCAAAGGCCGUGCGAGUGCAUAGUGCCAGGACGUAUACCAAGGGAACCAUUGAAACUAGAUAAUAAAUUAAAAAAAGAUUUCAGGUGGACCUCUGAGAUAAUAAAACAAGACUGA